UAUUAUUAUUGAAGAGAACUGAAUGGAAAAAAAGAUAUUUUAAAGAAUUUACUAAACCAUUUCAACAUCGGAUACAACAUUUAAAAAAUCUUUCCAGACGAUAUCAAUCGAAAUUCCAGACGAUAGACAUCUAGUGCAAGAUUUUUAAGUUUUUACCAGACAGUAACAACAAGUAAAAUAAAAAAAUAAAUCAAAAACCAUUUUAAAGACCUUGAGAUAAUGUAUGAAGCAUUGGUAAAAUACCUUAUGUUGGUAGAAGUAUUUACUUUGGUUUCAAGCCAGGUCUUAGAGUAUCAAGUAGAAAGUGGAACAAACAUUACUCUUGACUGUAAAGUGUCAUAUGUUACUUACAGUACAAUUAUUUGGUAUCGUAAUCAAACGGAUAUGAUAGCUAAAAAAGACGGGAGUGGAGAGGUGACACGUUAUCUUAAAGAGCGUUUCGAUAUUGUUGGUCAAUCUUUACUUAUAAUAAACUCGAAAACAACCGAUGAAGCUAUUUACCACUGUGAAAUGAUGCAUAAUCAAUCCAAGAUAAUAGGAAGGGAAAUUAAACUUAUAUUGGAAGAAAGACCAAACUGUGGCGGAGUUGAGAAGAAAUUAAUAGAAGCCGCUAACGGUAGCAGUUUUUAUAUACCUUGUCGUGUGAAUGGAAACCCUUAUCCGACAAUAUCUUGGAAAAAAGAAAAUUUUGAAGUUCUUCCGAAACAUUUCACAAUUACUGAAGACGGCUUGAGUUGUAAUAGUGCAAGUAUGAACGAUGUUGGUAAAUACUCUGUCACUCUUGAAAGUGCGAUUGGCCGGUUUUUCUUUGUUACAACCGUGAACAUAAUAUCUGUCGGUUUGAUCAAACCAGAAAAUUACAAAAGUGCCGUUGAAGGAAGCUCAGUUGAAAUUGAAUGCGGAAAAAAUCCUCUAGAAUCUGGAUUCCAAGUAAGUUGGUCCAAAAAUCGAAUUGAUUUGACGAACAAGGAUCGUUUUAAAACAAAUGACAAAGGUUCUUUAAUAAUCGAUCCUGUGGAACAAGAUGAUAACGGAUUGUACACGUGCGCAUCUCAACGGAUGACGCCCGAUGGAGAACUCACUCUGUCUGUUAACAUGUAUCUUAACGUAAAAUUCACGCCACAUAUUUUCAAUAUAAAACCGUUUGUUGAAGUAUAUCGAGGAGAAAAUGCAGUUUUACCUUGUUCUGCAAGCGGUAAUCCUGGUGUUAAUUUUCGAUGGUUAGACAGCAAUGGGAAAGAAAUUAAAAAUAAUGAUAAAAUACUGAUUGCACACAAUGGAUCAUUGAUUGUGCGUAAUGCUACUUCAGAUGAUUCUCGCAGAUACACGUGUGCACCGUAUAACGAUAUUGGUGAUGGAAAAUUUGGAUACACUGAACUUUUUGUUUUGAUCACUCCCGCAUUUUUUACUUUUCCUGACAAAAAGGUUAUUGUUCGAGAAGGUGAAAAUGCUACCCUAGAUUGUACGGCAUCAGGCAUCCCUAAACCAAACAUUACCUGGGCAAUUUUGUUUGUUAACAUAUCGUUAGAUCCAAAUCGUUUCAAACCCUAUUCAAACGGACUUAUGAAUAUACUAGAUGUACGUGGCUGCGACGCUGCUCACUACGAAUGUACAGUAGAAUCUCGUGCUGGUCUUUUGAAUAGAGUUUUUGAACUCAUUGUAAUUGGUAAACCUGGAGUUCCGUUAGACAUAACGUUAACAUCUUCGAACAAUAUAGCACAUAUCAAAUGGAAAACUCCUUAUACUGGCGGUUCGCCGUUAAGUUAUCAGUUUUGGUUCCGUAAUGCCACUGAUAACGAUUACCAGUGGAUUAUUCAAGAGUCAGAUGCCAAUAUCACAAGCUUUGAUUUAUUUUUGCCUGAAUCAACUGUUGCUCAGGAAGUUACAAUGACCUUUUUUUUUUCAAUGAGAGCUAUGAAUCGAGUUGGGUUUGGUGACUUCGGAACUGUCUUUAAGUUUAUGAGAGCACCAUCACUAACAACAUACAACGGACAACCAGUUGAAUUUAUUUCAGAGUUUCCACUUGCUCCCUAUGACUUCCAUGUCAACAUUACUACACCAGGAUACUCUCUUAAAUGGAAAAACCUAAUAGCUCCUGGCCGUCCACCUUUUAGCCAUGUGUUGAUAGAGUAUCGUAAACUGAAUUCAACUGACACCUGGUUAGAAAUAAAACCACGAUUAAGGAAACGACGCUCAACACCUAGCGAAGAAUUAGUUGUAAUUUUAAAUAAACAGGAUUUUCCCACCAAUACUUUGCAUCCUGUGGAGUUUCAACUGAUCUCUGUUUCAAAAAAUGGAAAACGAAGUGAAGGAGUGGUUCCCAAAAACAUUAUUAUUACAGGAUUUCAUGGAAAAGACAUCUCAAUCGGCAAAGUCCGUAAAAACGACGAUAAUGAAAACGGUUUAGUACCUAUUGUACUCGGUAUUAUCUUUGGAUUAUUUAUAAUCAUUCUUUUAAUAAGCUUGCUACAUUUUUACAGAAAAAGAAAAUCCAAAAAGCAAGGCAAAAAACUGAAAAAUCAAACAUCAUUGGAGAAAGAAACAUCGGAAAAUGGAGUAAUCUUACCUCAUACGGAUGGAUCUGACAGUCUUUUGAAACACGAUCCUGGAACACCAAGACAUUUUCACUUGAGAACCUGCCCGGCUCUUAAGCUAGGUCGCAUUGACGAAGUGAACAUUGUUCACAAUGAAAAUAAUGGGGAUGUAGCUCAUGCUCUACUUGAACCCAAUCGAGACGAAAAACGUUUGUGUACGUGUAGCAAAAGCUAUGUUACGACCUUAGACCGCCGCGAACAAAAUUUAAAACGCAACAAGAAAGCGAAGCUAUUCAAAAGUAAUUCUAUGCCAUCAAUUUUUAUAAAUUCUGAUUUAGACGAUUCCAAUGUUGAUCCUCUAGAAGAUGAAGAAUAUGAAGUUAGUGAUCUUGAAAAAGAUAAAUUGACAGAAUUAAAUCAAGAUCGAUUCAAUUCGUUAAAACGGUCAAACUUUAAGGAUUCCUACGACCAGUUUUGUCGAGGUGACCCAGAUUUAAACUCCCGAAACAAUGUGAGCCAUAGAAAUGCUCCGGCUGAAAACGCAUACCAAUUAGACAACUUAUCUGACAUAUCUGAUAUUCAACCUUAUAAACCAAUUCGAGGAUUUGUUAAAAAUGGCGCAUCAUUCCAAGGUGACGAAAGCAACUCAACGUCUGACUCUGAAUCAAUAGACAGAGUUCUUUUGUCAGUAAAAUCUAAAAAGUUGGGUUUUUCAAGUAAAAUUUCUACACCAGACGUUGGUUAUGUGAGUGAUGUCUCCUCCAGAAGCACGGCAUGCGACGGAAAAAAGCAUUAUCAGCCACCUUCUCAAAGACACAAAUACGGGUAUAACAAACCUUUUGUUAACCCAAAACAAAACUUUGAAAAACAAACAGACGAUAGGCCAUUAAUGCCUCCAUCUUAUAGCGAAGCAAUACAAGUUAUUGAAAGACUAUCUGAAAAAAACGAUAUUACCGACAGCGAAGAAAUGUACGGUAACCUUUUACAAAUGGAACGUCAGUUAGGAUUACAUUUAGAUGAUUCUAUAGAUAGUGACUUAAAUUCAAAAAGUGGUUUUAGCCCCCCUGUUUUUAGAACGGGAAAAAAUGGUUAUUCUUCUGAUACUGGAUAUAUGCAAGAAGAAUACCCAGCUUCUAGAGACAUUUAUUCUGACCGAGAGAAAAAUGAACGUUGUAAGCAACUGCUUAACGAGUUUAAAAGCAAUCGCAGCACAUGCAGUGACACGAGCAAUAGAACUAACAACACUAUAUUACCUCCGUAUGAACAUUCUCAUAGUCCUAUAGGAAAUAUAAUUGAAGAGGCAUCGCCUCCGGCACUAAUACGAAGUAACAGUAUAGGUUCAAAUAGCGCUUAUAAAGAAUGGCUCGUAUAAUUAUUUAUACUCAUUUUAGAAAUCCCUAAGUUUAGUUUGCUUUAAAAGAAUCUAAUUUUCUUUAUUGAAUGUUUUUUUACAACAGCAAACUGAAACUCGUAAUCGUUAGUUUUAGGGUAUGUUUUGUGUGACGUAACUUUAGGCGACUAGUAUAAAGUAGAGUUAGAUAAUGUGUGAAACCACUUGAUUGGUAUGAAAAUAUUUAUUAGCAUAGAAAGUUGUUUCGAUUUUAAAGCGAUUGUAAUUUUUUUACUUAAAAAGACUAACAAAUUA